GGACCACGUGUUGCCAUAUUGCUGCACGGUUCGACCAUUUUGAAUUCAUUGCUGUUGAGUUCGCAACGUUAUGUCAGUUUACCGUUGUUGUCAGGUUGAUUAUCGUGUAAAUUUAUAGUAAAUAAUAUGUCUCCGGCUCCUAAGAAGCGUGGACAUGGCAGGAAGAGUAAUGACGUAAGAGGUCGAGAUGAGGAAGAAAGUUGUAAAUUUCAAGGAAAGGCGCAUUCGAAAAAUGUUGGAAGAGGCAAAUGCCACGAAGAUAUUUCUCUGAAAAAUGAUCGAGAUGAGAGUGAAGCUCAAACUUCAGAAAUAUCAGAUGAAUUAAAUACAUUUACAAAGAAAUACAGCAAAAGAGCUUUAAAUACUAAUUGGGAUAAAUAUGAAGAAAAAACAGAGACGUCCGAAGAAUUGGCCGGAAUGGACUUUCAAACUGCAUUGAACUGUUCAAGUAGUGCUGUUUCACAGCUAAAGUUAGAAGAAGAAAAAACUUGGGAUGAAGAAUUUUUAAAAAUUGAUUCAAAUGAUUUCACUUCAAUUAACUGUGAUAAUUUGAUUCAAGCUUUAGAAUGCAUUCCUUUUCAUGAUAGAAUGGCUAUUUCUGAAAAUUUUUUUAUGGAUAAUAUGGUGAAUGAAUUUAAUAGUGAUGCUGAACAUCAGAGAAAAAUCUAUAUUCCUCCAAAGAUAUCUAGAAUAGUUCCUAAACAAACAGAACUCGAAAAUCAGAGUCGUCAGAAAGAAAGUGAUGUAAAGAACAUAAUAGAAUCUCUUACAAAUUGCCUCAUUCUCAAAGAUGAAAUGAAGGAUGAUAAAAAUAAGAAAAAUAUGUUUGUAUCUGAGAAUGUUGAUGAUGACGACGACGACACACUAGAAAUGUUACUUUCGUUAACUGAAGAAAAGCAUAAUUCAAAGAAAGUAACACUUCCUUCCACUUCAGAAAGUACAAGUACAAAUGUACAAUUAGAAAACAAACCUGCAGAUAAACCAUUAGAAAAAUCAGAUAUGAGUUUGAAUGACUGGUUGGACAGCAUUGUAGAAGAUUAAAAUCAACUUAUUGUUAAUUCUGAAUGAUGUUUUAUCUAUUAAAAAAAAACAAAAAUUGUAUAGAUAAUAUUUAAUAAAUUAUUUACAUUUCAGUUUUUCAGAUCUAGUGUACACUUGUAUAUAAAAUCUUAAUUGUUCUUUAUGUAUACUCCCUGCGAAAAGACUUAAAAAUUCAUAUUUUAUGAAUAGUUUUAUUUAAUAAAAAUUUAUAAACUUUACAAUAACCUGUUCACUAAUUUCUGUUAGCAGUUUUCAUGUCAACAUAGAACUUGAAACAAAUGAAAUGUGUGUCCAGGAUUUUCGGAAUUACACAUUUACCAAAGUAAUGAAAAUUAAUGCGUUAUAUUAAGCGAUGGCAAGUGAAACAAAG